GGCGCUGCUCGCGUUAAAAGGCAGCCGGAGCCAUGAGAGCCGGGACGGAGCCGGACGUGGACGAGGACGGGGAGGAUGACUCUCGGGCCCCGUGCUGGCUUUGGCUCGGACUCUACGAACCCAGAAGGGAAAGAAGGAGGGACUCCGAGGUGCCCUUGAGCCGGACCUAAAGAAAGGCGAGACCCCCGUCUUCCUGGCCCCCUUCCUGGGGACGCGAUGGGCGGCCACUCCCUCGGUGACCCUGGACUGUAGGAUGGUGGCACAUGGUGGCCUGACGCCGGAGCAUGGGAUCUCCUCGCCUCCGCCGCCCUUUGCGGCCCAUGCGGCCCCCCGCCCGGCGACCCCCCGGGACCCCCGCUUCCAGACCUUCCGCUCGCAGGAGGACUUUGGGGCCAUCGCCCGCACUUGCGCCUUGCUGGAGGAGUGUGGCUUCUACUGGGGCCCGCUCCCGGUGUCGGCGGCACACGAGCGGCUCCGGGCCGAGCCGGUGGGCACCUUCCUGCUGCGGGACAGCCGCCAGAGCAACUGCUUCUUCGCCGUCAGUGUCCGCAUGGCCGCUGGCCCCACCAGUGUACGAGUGCUCUUUCGAGGCGGCCGCUUCAGCCUGGACGGCGGCAAGGAGGAGGGCUUUGAGUGCCUCUUCCGGCUGCUGGAACACUACGUGGCCUCGCCGCGGAAAGUGCUGUCGCGGCCCCUGCGCAAGGAGAGGGUGCGUCCCUUGCAGGAACUCUGUCGCCGCAGCAUCGUGGCCGCUGCUGGGAAGGAGGGCCUCGCACAACUGCCCCUCAACCCGGUCCUGAAGGACUACCUGGCCGCCUUCCCUUUCAAGCUAUGAUUGUGCAGUCAUUUCGUGGAAAAACGACAGCUGGCGUAAAAUGUUCCCUAGCGGGAUGAAGAGUGGCCAGUCGCACAGGCAAGGAGAUGCGACGAGCAGUUCGCAUGGGAAGCUGCUCACUGUGCAAGCAACACACACGUCGUGCCACAGAAAGAAGGCACCUCUGAAUGGUUCCUGAGUCUUCUGUGAAUGCAUGGAAUGUGUCAGGCGUAAACAAGCGUGCAAGUCAUGCGACACACAAGUUGUGCCACGCAAGAGGAUAUCUUCCUCGGCCUUCUUUGAAAGUGCGGAACGUUUCAGCUGUAAAUGAGUUGUGCAACACAAGUUGUGCUAUAGAAAGAAGACCCCUUGUUUGGAUGGUUCCUUGUGUUUUUUAACUAAUGGAAGUGUCUGUUGUACAUGCGUCGGUGAAUCGUGCAAGGCAAGAAGAAACUUUGUCUGGGUUGUUUCUUGUGUUAGUAAACACAUGAAGAUUUUGGACAUAGAUGAGUGUGUGAGUUGUGCAACGCAAGAAGAAACUGUCUGGAUUGUUCCUCGUCUUUUCCAACAUGCAAUGGCUUCAGGCACGCACAAAUGUGCAAAUUGUGUAUGAGUGUGCAAGCUGUGCCGUGCAAGAAGAAACCUUGUCAGGAUUGUUCCUUGGGGUUUAACACAGAAUUUCAGCACAGCGUGCAACAGAAGAAGAAACAUUGGAUUAUUCCUGGUGGUUUUUUUUAAGUAUGGGAGUUCCAGUUGUGCAUGAGUGUUCAAGUUGUGCAACACAAAAGGAAACCUCACCUGGACUAUCCUUGGUUUUAUUUAAAUGUAUGUAUCAUGACCGAAAUGUGUUUUUUGUAGCAAUCUUUCUACUGUAUAUGAAGACUUGAGAUUUUCACAAAAGAUCAUGUUUACACAACUAGAGAGACUUUGCACAAACAAAGGCCUUUUGGGAGGCCUUCAUUGGUACUUGUCUGCUGUGCAGAACUUUUAUUAUGUAAUAUCUAUUUUUUAUAAAAAAAAGGACAUUAAUAAACCUUGCUGUAAAAGGGUUUUAUAUAUAUAAAUCAGUUUUUAAAAAAUU